UUUUUCCCUGUCAUGCGCAACGCUAGCAGUGCCAUGUUGGAUCGAAAUCUCGGUGCACUGGAGUUCAAAUGAAAGUUUAGAGUCUCAAGGCGACAUCGGAGAACCACACAUACAGGGUUCGCGUUUAUUUCCGAGAUCAGAGAAAUUACGCCUUCUCGACCCAUCCACAACCAAACACGCACAGGUCGGGAGAUAUGAGAGUGUUCGGAGAUAGGCUGCGGUGAUCGGAGAUCAAUGAACACAUAUUUUCUCAAUCCCACUUCCUGAUCAAGUUCACACCAUCGAAUUGGCAAAAAUGAGCGGCCCACCUCCAAACAGGAGGCCCGUGGGCAACACUGGCUCCUUGUUGCUCACUCCGCAAGAAAAUGAAGCGCUCUUCAACCAUAUGGGCAGAAAAUGCACCAGUUUGAGUUCAGCAGUGGUGCAGGUCUAUGGAGCCGACAGAAGUUCGUCCUGGGUGAAGAGAUGCUGUGGGGUGGCCUGCCUUGUAAAAGACAACCUUCAGAGAUCUUACUUUAUCAGGGUGUGCGAUAUCAAAGAGGGAAAAACCUUGUUUGAGCAAGAAAUUUACAACAACUUCACAAUUAACAGCUCCAGGCCAUAUUUUAUCACAUUUGCUGGAGAUUCAUGCCAGAUCGGCCUCAAUUUUGCCAAUGAGGAGGAAGCCAAGCGCUUCAGAUCAGCGACCAGCGAUCUUCUGGGCAAAAGACAGAGGAAAACCGAAAAAAGACGUGACCCACCUAAUGGGCAAUCAGGACCUACAGGACCUGCGCUGCCGAUGGCGACAGUGGACAUAAAGAACCCAGAGAUCAGCAAUCAGCGUUUUCACAAUAACUCGCAAAUGAACAACAUCAAUCUCCAUAGCAACUUCAACAAAAAAGACAAAGCCAAAGGGAAAAACAGCAAGAAGAAGAAAAUAUCUAAGGCUGAAAUAGGCACUCCUAGCAAUUUUCGUCACAUUGGGCAUGUCGGCUGGGAUCCGAACACUGGCUUUGAUUUAAAUAACCUUGACCCAGAGCUGAAGAACCUCUUCGACAUGUGUGGCAUUUCUGAGGACGAGCUUAAAGACAAAGAGACGUCUAAGGUCAUCUAUGACUUUAUCGAGAAGAAAGGAGGAGUAGAGGCUGUAAAAAACGAAUUUCGGCGACAAGCUCCGCCUCCACCUUCAAGAGGAGGACCGCCACCUUCAAGAGGAGGACCGCCACCUCCCCACAGCUCCGGGCCUCCUCCCCUACCUCCUUCCCGUGGCCGAGGAGCUCCUCCCCCACCUCCUCCAUCAAGAGCUCCCAACACCGCCCCGCCUCCACCUCCUCCCUCCCGACCAGGGAUUGGAGCACCACCACCUCCACCCAGCAGAGGGCCCGUGCCAGCUCCCCCUCCCCCACCCCAACCUGCCGUCUUCUCUCCACCAGCUCCCCCUCCACCCUCAAUGGGUGGAGCACCACCACCGCCACCUCCACCCCCAGGACCCCCACCUCCUGCACCUCCUCCCCUACCAGACGUGGAUUCAGGGGAGUCAUUGGGGGGUAAAUCUGCACUCCUGGAUCAAAUUCGAGAAGGGACUCAGCUGAAGAAGGUUGACCAGAACAACAGGCCUCCAGUGUCUGGUGGUGGCGGCCGCGGCGCACUCUUAGAUCAAAUACGAGGGGGCAUUCAGCUUAAAAACGUAUCAGAUAAUGCAGACUCGACCACACCCACUCCUACCCCCUCAGCUGGCAUUGUGGGGGCGUUGAUGGAGGUAAUGCAGAAGAGGAGCAAAGCAAUCCACUCGUCAGAUGAAGAUGAGGAUGAUGAUGUAGAAGAUUUUGAGGAUGAAGAUGAGUGGGAUGACUGAUGACCAACACUUCCCAAAAGAUUUAAGACACUAGAUUCCUCUUGUCUUUCUAAAUCGUAUAAAAUUCUAAUGUAAAUGGAUGACCGAUUGGCUGUAAAUGUUUGUUGCCUUUAUGCUUUUUUGUAUUUAUCUGUGCAAUACCUCAUUUAAUCUGUAAAGGUUUGUCAUAUAUCUUCUGUAAAGGUUUUAUUUUCUUCUCCUGGAUUAAUGUGCAAUUUUACAUCAAGUUUUCUUGAUUUGUAGAGUUGAAUGGUUUUGGGUCUUUUUGCUUUAUUCUUUGUAGUCAGAAGGGAGGUCUACUCUAAAGAACAAGAUAAGCUAGUCUUUAAUGUUGUGACUCAAUAUUGUGACUUAAAGCAAGAACACUAUUUUCAUACUUUUCUCAUAUGUACUUUACCUUUUCUUAUUCAGAUCCUAGUUUAGCACUAUUAUUUUCUUAAUAAAGAAAAACAUAUUUAGCCCCAUUGCUAAUUUGUACAUUUGCUCAGAGUUUGAGUCGGUUUAUAUUUUUGCACGAAUCAAAAAGAGCUCAUGUGAAUAUGACGCAUACGGCGGUUAUGUUUACAUACUGUGUGCUAGCUACUAUUUCAGGACUCCCAGUAACAAACACUACAGUUAUUAGAAAUGAUGCUGUCUUUAUGUUUGCAUAUUACUGGCACAACUUUAAAUCUCACAGGCAACUUGCUGUUGGGCAGAGAACAGAUUCGAUUCAUGUUUGGAUUAAAUGGACAUUUUAUGUAGAAACAGGGUGUGCCAUUUAUUUAUUUUUAAAAAGUCGAACCUACCUGAAGCAGACUGUUCAUACACUUUCAAACUGUACUAAUAAUCCACUAUGAUGCUGUACUAAAUCAAAGAGCACUGUCGAGGGUCAUGACAUGAUGGCCUGCAGUGGGUCGUAUCAGCAAAAUAACUGAACAUAGUUGCGCUGUUUGCAUCGUAUAGCUGUUGAAUAUUCGGUCGUAUAUCUUUUACAGGUUUUUUUUUCUUUUCAUGCAGGGGUUGCUUUGCAUUGAAAUGCAACAAAGACUUGAACCCUUUGAAAUGAGAUUGAAAAAAUAAUUAAAAUUGUACACUCAAAUAAAUGUUAAUAUUUACUGA